AUGUCCCUAGUAUCAGAGGCCAUCUGGGCAGCGUCCCCUACAACUACUCGAGGGCAGGCCACGCCGCUGUCUUCGGACCCCAAGGGCGAACGCAUAGCUUAUGCGUCUGGCAAAUCCGUCUUCCUUCGCUCCAUCGACGAUCCCGCUGUUAGCACGCAGUACACGCAACACACAGCACAGACGACCGUCGCCCGCUUUUCGCCCUCUGGCUUCUACGUUGCCAGCGGAGAUGUGUCGGGAAGUGUCAGAGUAUGGGACUGUGUCGGCGAGGGGGCUACAAAGGGCGAGUACCACAUCAUCGCGGGGCGCAUCAACGACUUGGCGUGGGACGGCGACUCGCAGCGCAUCAUUGCAGUCGGUGACGGCAAGGAGCGUUUCGGCCACUGCAUCACGGCCGACAGCGGCAACAGCGUAGGCGAGAUAUCGGGACACUCUUCGCAGAUCAACUGUGUCUCGAUCCGUCAGCAACGGCCGCUCCGUGCAGCCACGGGUUCCGACGAUACCAGCCUGGUCUUCUACCAUGGCGCUCCCUUCAAGUUCAACACCAGCUUGAGGGGCCAGCAUAAUCGUUUCGUCUUUGGUACCGCCUUCUCUCCCGAUGGCUCCGUCUUUGCUAGUGUUGGCGCCGAUAAGCGCAUCUGGCUAUACGAUGGCAAGACUGGUGAGGCAAAGACACAGAUUGGAGAGGGUGUGCAUACUGGCAGCAUAUUCGGCAUCUCGUGGGCAAAGGACUCGACCAAGUUCGUCACAGCCAGCGCUGACCAGACGGUUCGGAUAUGGGAUCCUGAAGCUGGCAAGGCCAUUCAGAGGUGGAGGAUGGGCGAAGAAGGCGUUGCAAGCAUACCCGAUCAGCAGGUCGGUGUUGUGUGGCCAGCAGGCCGCAGUGACGGCCUCAUUGUGAGCGUGGAUCUCGACGGCAAUCUCAACUACCUGGUCGACGGUAACCCGAACCCCACGCGUGUCAUCCGAGGACACCAAAAGAACAUCACAGCGGCUGCCAUCGCCGGGACUACCUUCGCCACAGGCAGCUAUGAAGGCCGUGUGCUGGCAUGGGAUACUACAACGGGCCUGGCCGAUAGGGUCGAAGGCGCCUCCCACUCCAGCUAUGUCGCCGGCAUCACCACAUCCGACAGCAAGAACGAGGUUGAAUUACACAGUGUUGCAUGGGAUGACACGUUACGUUCCAUCUCAGUUCCAGACAAGAUCUUUACUGGAGAGGCACACGACCUCAAGUUCCAGCCCAAGGCUAUCGCGGCCACAUCGAGCAUCGUCCUCGUUCCGUCAUCCGACGCGAUAGCUGUAUACUCCAAGGGCGCCCAAGUAAGCUCACUAUCGGUCAAGUACACACCGACCUCAAUCGCUGCGCACGGCUCCACCGUAGCCGUUGGUGGAGACGACAAGCUUGUACACAUCUACACCCUUUCCGGCACCGAGCUCAACGAGUCAGAGACGGUCCUCCGCCGCGCGACGGCCCCAAUCUCAGCACUUGCCUUCUCUCCCUCGGGAAAGAAGCUUGCAGUAGGUGCUGGUAACGGCAAAAUCUACGCAUACGAGACAACCGCAGACUGGAAGGUCAUUACAGACCGGUGGAGCGCCCAUACCGCACGCAUCACUUGCCUGGCUUGGGAUGAGAGUGAGAACUUCGCUGCAAGUGGUAGCCUAGACACAAAUGUCAUGGUCUGGAGUAUCGAGGACCCGGGGAAGCGGAUCAAGGCUCUCAACGCACACAAGGAUGGAGUCAACGGUGUCGCUUGGGAGAAGGCUAACAAGGUCAUCUCGGCGGGUGGUGAUGCAAGCAUCAAGGUCUGGAGUGUAAAAGCAUGA